AUGACUGUGUUGGUGCUAGCUAUGAUAUUUAGUGUAGUGUUUGCAAUAUGGUGGUACUGGUGGAGACCUUGUCCUCGAUCACCUCGCACGUAUCCUGGUGCAUUGCCCAUCAUUGGGCACAUUGUUGAGGCAAUAAAAUAUCGCAAUGACAUAUGGAGUUACAUGGAACAUGUUGCUGAUGAUAUAACAGAUGAGUGUGUUCAGUUAAAGAUGGGUCCCCAUAUCAUUUAUGUUGUAAGUGACCCAAGUGAAAUCAGUGUUAUAGCAAACACAUGUUUGAAGAAAUCAUUCUUUUACAAGUUCUUGGUUGACCUAUUAGGAAAUGGACUUCUGAUAGCAGAUGUGCCCACAUGGAAAAUACAUCGUAAGCUUCUGAAUCCUGCAUUCAACCAGAAAGUACUGAACACAUUUGUAAAUGUUAUGAAUGUAGAAGCACGAAUUUUAGUCACACAAUUGAAACCUGUAGCGGGACAGGGACCAGUUGAUGUCAAACAAUUUAUAAUUAAAUAUGUUUUAAGAUCGGUUUGCAGAACAUCUUUGGGAUUGGAAGCUGAUGAUCAACACAUGAUUGACAAGGAAUACGCGCAAGCAAUCGAAGAAACCAUAGCAAUAGUAAUAAAACGAGGUUUAAACGUGGCAUUACAUCCUCCAUUUAUUUACAACAUAACUGCAAUGAGAAAAAGAGAACAGGCAUUGAUCACGAAGAUAAAAAACAUUUUAAAUAUCAUAAUCCAAAAACGAAAAUCUGAUUUGAAAUCCACCAAUAAUAAAUAUAUGACAGACUUCAAUGAUGAGUCAGUGAAUGGUAAAUUCAAACCUAUACUAGAUCUGAUGCUGCAUUUAUCUGAUGAACAACAAGUUUUAUCUGAUGAUGAUAUUAGACAACAUAUUGAUACUUUUGUAUUUGCUUCUUACGACACAACUUCAGCAAUGUUACAGACCACAUUACUAGUGCUAGGAUCACAUCUAGAUGUACAGGAACGAGUUUAUAAAGAGAUUAAAGAAAUUUUGGGAAAGAAUGAGGAAUUGACUAAAUACGACUUACCAAAAUUGGUUUACUUAGAAGCUGUGAUAAAAGAGGUUUUGAGGCUAUAUUCUAUAGCUCCAUGGGUUUCGAGACAACUUGAUACUGAUGUUGUUUUCCCAAAAUAUACUUUAAGAGCUGGAAGUACAUGUAUUCUGGUAUUAUACAAUCUUCACCGUCACCCCUCGUGGGGACCAGAUGCGAAGCAGUUCAAACCGGAGCGAUGGCUGAAUCCCGAUACAUUACCUACUAACCCCAACGUAUACGUUCCGUUCGGAAUUGGCAAACGAAACUGCAUCGGGAAACAGUACGCUAUGAUGACCCUAAAGACGUCGGUAGCGCAUAUCGUACGAAAUUUCCAAUUAUUUGCAGACAUUAGUCAUUUGAACUGGAAAUAUGAAGUUGUAUUAAAACCAACAAAACCUCUCGUUAGUUUUACGUUAAGAUCGUAA